AUGGGCGAUGUUGAGAAAGGCAAGGAGAUUUUUGUUCAGAAGUGUGCCCAGUGCCAUACCGCGGAAAAGGGAGGCAAACACAAGACGGGGCCAAAUCUCCAUGGUUUAUUUGGGCGAAAGACGGGUCAAGCCCUUGGAUUUUCUUACACGGAUGCCAACAAGAACAAAGGCGUCACCUGGGGAGAGGAGACACUGACGGAGUAUUUGGAGAAUCCCAAGAAGUACCUCCCAGGAACAAAAAUGAUCUUUGCUGGCGUUAAGAAGGCAGAGGAAAGAGCAGACUUGAUAGCUUAUCUCAAAAAAGCUUCUAACGAGUAA